AAACCAUUCUUACAUGAAGACGCAAUUGUUUAACGUUUUUAUAAUUGACAUUGGUACAGCAUAAAUUAAAAAAUAUUCAAAUACAAUUAUAGUGAUAUUAACGUUGAUUGAAAGUUUAAAUACAGUGAAAGACUGAGACAAUGAAAAAUGACGCUAGUGGACUGUAAAAAGAAGUUAACAGACGAAGUUCCGCCGUGUUGUAGAAAACUCUCGUUGUUUGCUUGUGUGUGUGGUGUUUUAUCAUUGCUUAUACACACGUACAGUUAUAUAGAACACAAUGAUAGAAGACAUAGUAUAGAAGUAGAGUUAGAAGCUAGGAAUUUAAUAAAAUUAGCGAUACACAAUGAAUUGGAGGAGAAAAUUAGGACGUACUGUAGUGAAAAUAGUGGAAGGCAUAGAAUAAAACGAGAUGCUAAGCUGAAACCAUCUCCAAUCCAAGAUGAUAAUACGGUAGCACCACAUGUGGAAUUUUUCAACCCAAAAAUGAGAGCGGAGCUCGAAGAGAAAGAUGCUGCAGAGAUGAAAAAGACUGGCGCAAAAGGACCAGCACCUGGAGGUGACACCUGGGUGUGGCUCACUAGCUAUUCCAGAGUUCCUUACAACGUCGUACAGGGCUUUUGCAAGGCAACACAAGACUACUGUCCCCCGGGUGUGCAGGGGCCAAAGGGGCCAACUGGUGAACCUGGGCCGAAAGGAGAUAGAGGGGACUCAGGCCUUCCCGGCCUACCGGGACUAAAUGGUGCUAGAGGCCCAGUAGGGCCACCGGGGCCGAAAGGAGAGCGAGGUUUCUCAGGAACUCCAGGUCUAGAUGGCAGAGAUGGUGUGCCUGGGGAACCAGGUCUCGAUGGACUAUCUGGAAGAAACGGCGCGGAUGGAGCUCCGGGGAAGGAUGGUCUUAAUGGUGUCCCUGGACACGAUGGCAGCCCCGGGAAAAACGGAAGGGAUGGCAAAGAUGGUAAACCAGGGGCAACAGGACCUCCUGGUCUACGAGGACCCAAAGGAGAUAGGGGCCCUCAAGGUCCUAAAGGGAUCCGUGGUAAUGACGGACGUGACGGAUCACCAGGUAUACCUGGGUUGUCCAUAUACAAUUAUACGAAGGAAAACCAACUAUUUAUUCCACCAUCUUUCGCACUUGAUAACCCCCGUCUGAUCGUUCGUGAGGGCGAUACGAUGCGUAUGGAUUGUAACCCCAAAGGGUUUCCGGAGCCCACAAUAGAAUGGCGCAGAGCUGAUGGAACACCGAUUAUACAGGGGUCAUGGCGUGACGCAUCAGUAAGUGGCCAUGUCCUAAACAUACCCCACGUAUCAAGGUGGCACACUGGGCAAUAUGUUUGCUUAGCAAACAAUGGGAUGCAGCCACCCGCCAACCAGACAACCGAUGUUGAAGUGCACUUUAGUCCAUACAUUCGGGUUCCAAACAACAUCGUCUACGUGUUUAAUAAGAGUGUUAAAAUAGAAUGCGAGGUCCAAGCGUGGCCGGAACCAGUUUUCGCCUGGGAGGUAGACGGAGUAACUAUAGAAGGAUCUAGAUUAAAAACUGAAGUGUCCACUACAGGGGAUACAUGGAGAUGGAUUAUGAGGCUCGAGAUACCCAAUGUUAGAGAACAUGACCUCAGACAAUACAGCUGUGUAGCAAAGAAUGAGCUCAAUAACCAGACUGUGAAGGGUCAUAUUCGUUUGAUGUAUCCCGGUCCAAACCAACACAUGCAGGUACAGCAGCAGCCCAUGGAAUACGGAUCCAGACCCCCAACACUAACUUCUUACGAGGAACUGUGUCAGGUUCAAAAGUGCCCCUCUUGUCCAAGAUGCGACAGAGCCUUGCUUCUCAUAUCCACUAUGAAUGGUACAACUGGAUAUAAGCCAAGGAGAAACACUAAUUGUCAGCUUUACGCAAUUGGAAAACCGGUGUAUCAUCGUUACAAAGAUGAGCUAUUCGGUGCCUGGCUGAGAGAUUCUAAUGCUACUGAAACACAAAAGGAAAAACUAUGGACAACCCAAGAAAAUGACGUAGAGAGACUGCGGGAGUAUCGAACCAAAGCCAGCUUUAAGAAAGACCAUGUAGACGAGUUUCAUAAGCUGCAAAAGCCUUUCUUUGGUAACGGCCACAUAGUUUACAGCGGGUCAUUCUUCUAUCAAGCCAAUGAAUCAGGACAACCUGGAGACAUCAUUAGAUACGAUUUAACACAGAGCAGGAUAAAGACUGUUGAAUUGCCCCACGCGGGCGGCAAGCUGUAUACCUCACAGCAUAAUCAGGUUGACUUCAGCGCUGAUGAUAACGGCCUUUGGGCAAUUUACUCCAUUGAUGGGUCCAAUAACACAGCUGUCGCUAAGCUAAGCUUUGAUCCUAACAAAGACGAUUUAAAUAUAGAUUACCUCUGGAACAUUUCGUUGAACCAUAAACAAGUUGGCGAAAUGUUUAUAGUUUGCGGUGUGCUCUAUGCUCUGGAUUCGGCUACCGACAGAGACAGUAAAGUAACAGUUGCAAUAGAUUUGUAUCAAAAUAAACCGGUGGAAGUUUCAUUGCAAUUUACAAACCCUUUCAGAAAAACAACCCAGCUGGGAUACGAUCACACGCAUAAGGAAUUAUACUCUUGGGACCGGGGCAAUCAAUUGACAUAUCCAGUAAGGUAUAAUGAGUUGCCAGGACCCUAAAAUUCGCACAACUGUUCUAGUAGUAUUCUAAUAUACUGAUGAUGAUAUAUUUUUUUACUCUUAAUUUUAAUCACGAAUACUGAAGUCAUUUGGUACUAUUUAAUUAUAAACAAUUCUAUCCGAA